CUUCAGAUCUUGACAUGGAAAGUUUGAAUUCUCGCUAUCAGAUUAUAAGUACGUAGUGUGCAAAGCUGAAUUAAAAAAAAAAAACAAUAAAAGCAAAGCAAAUAAUCUUAAUAAAAAAUGAUGUCAAGAUCAGUGUUCCUGUGUUGUAUACAAUUCUUGAUCGCGUUUAGUUUUGUAUGUGGAGAAGGAUUGACAGAGGUCUUUAAAUGGAAACAAAUGGAUUUUUACAAUCGCGGCGACGGACGAGCGGUUCGGCAGCCAAAUCCAUCAGCGCCCGUUGUAUUUCCAAGUAGUUACGGCCGGAGAAGGCAAAAACGCGAAGUGAUUACCUCUCGGGAUAUAUUCCAGGGCUUACAGUCACGCAGCGGUGCUAAUGAUGACGAUUCCAUGCCUUACAUACCCUACAACAAUGUGCCGAUGGGCGUAACGCAUUUUCGUGGGCGAGUAUUUGUCACCAUGCCCCGGCGACGCGUGGGAAUACCCUCGACCUUGAAUUAUAUAGACAUGGGACGUGACGGCAAACAGAACAGUCCCAAGCUCUACGCCUACCCCAGCUUCGAGGCGAACCAGUUCAAUAUUAGUGAACAGAAUUUAGUUUCCGUUUAUCGCACCACUGUGGAUGCGUGCCACAGAUUGUGGUUCAUUGAUACCGGCAUGCUGGAGUAUCCAAAUAAUCGACAGCAAAUAAGACGGCCUAGUAUUUGGAUAGUGGACCUGAGCACUGAUCGUCAGCUGAAACGCUUUGACAUACCCGAAGACAUCGUGGAGACGGGCCGGGGCUUGGCCAGCCUGACCAUUGAUGUGCCCUCGGGCAAUGAGUGUGAUCAGGCGUAUGCCUAUAUACCAGAUCUGGUCAAUAGGCGGCUGUAUGUGUAUAGCCUGGCCACUGAUCGCAUGUGGAGCUUUGAGCACAAUUACUUCAACUUUGACCCUGUGGCCGGAGACUUGCAUAUUGGUGGCCAGACUUUCCGCUGGGAUGACGGCAUCUUUUCCGUGACAAUGGGUCCAGAGCAACCGGACGGCAGUCGCGAUGUUUAUUUCCAUGCCAUGGCCAGCAACAAUGAGUUUGUCGUCUCGAACCGUGUGCUCCAGAUGGAGUCGAAUGCGGCACGUUCCGAUCAUGGCAAUGAUUUCCGUUUGCUGGGCAGCCGGGGUCAAAAUAAACAAAGUACAAUGCAUCAGUACGAUCCGCGCACCGGCGUCGUCUUCUAUGCUGAGAUACAAACGAAUGGUGUCGGCUGUUGGAACUCAAAGAAUCCAUUCACAGAUGCCAACCAUGGCACUGUGGCAGCCGAUGAGCAAACCAUGAUCUAUCCCAGCGAUUUAACGAUCGAUGAGGAUGGCACCAUGUGGGUAAUGACCAACUCGAUGCCCAUAUUCAUUUACUCCACAUUGGACGCAAACGUAUUUAACUUCCGAAUCUGGAAGAAGGACACUAGGGAUGCGAAGCGAAAUACGGUUUGCGUAUAGGUUUAUGUAUAUGGAAUUGCUUUAAUGAACUUUUCGCAAUGAAGUUACAUAAUAUUAUACUUGCAUGUCAUAAUGUAAUAAUUGUAUACUGACAAAAAAUUAACACAAAUUUUAUAUGUAUAUAUAUAUACGUGUAAAACAAAUUAAAAAGCAUUUACAAAUGUACCUUUUA